AUGCGAGAGAUAGAGGAUGUCCUUUGCAGCCUCGAUGCUGGCGACCAGGAGGCCUUCAGUGCGGCAUGGAGCCGCAUCAUGCCGACCUCGUUCCACGAAGCUGCCAAUGCCUUGCAGCUCCGACUUCAGGCCAAUUUCGCCAUUCACCGUGCAAGGCUGGCCCUCCAGGACGGCUGCGAGCCCGAUGCCGCGGAGAUGCAAGAGGAUCUGAAGCCUUUCCUGGCAUUCCUCAACGAGCGCGGCUUGGAUGAGAUGAGUGGAGACGAGACGCUGAUGCCGCUCUUCGCGCUUCCUUUUGUUCAGCGACCACAUGUGCACCCCGAUGUUCGUGAGGUCUUCUCUUUGGAGUGGUUCAAAGAGCUUCGAAAGGACGUGGAGGCUGCUCUGCGCCUGCGCCAGCCGAUCCCACGAAUCUACGAGAUGCUGGAGCAGUCGUCCACUGAGAGCGGAAAGCGCUCAUGGCAGUCCGUCUGGGCAGAGUUGCUGCGGCUCGCUGACUCGAGUCUCGAUGCCAUGGUGCUGCUGUCACAAGGAAGUCCUGCACCACCGGUUCUUGCAACAGCAAGACAACAACUUGAGUUGCUUCGCGAGCACAUUCCAAGAGGUUUGGAACUGCAGCUCAAGUCCCACUUCGAAAGGCCUGGCGCUUGUCCCAUGAGCCCUGCUCGCAGUGUGCGCAGUCGAGCGGCCACGGCGCGGCCACAGUUGGCACACCGGAUUGACUUUGGGGCCUUGAAGCGCUUCCUUUGCGCAUCGCCGCAGGAGCGCCGAGAAGCCUUCGGCGAGGUUGCAUUGCCCCAGGUGCUGCGUGCCGUCCUCCAACGGCUGGCUUCAGAGUCGCCACUCCCCCAGCGCCGGGGUUUCCUGGUCGCGAUCACCUGCUUCGACGUGCUCGGCGUACGUGACCAGCCAGCCGCUUUGCCUGCUCUUUUGGAGGAGGUUUCAGAGCUGACGCUUGGCAUUCUGGCCGUGCUCGCCUGCGAAGCAGUCGGGCGGAGCUACAUCGUUUCGAGCGGCGCGAGUGUGAGGAGAAUGGUGGAGCUGCUUAAGUCGAAGCCGCUGGAUUCCUCCAUCCACAUCCAGGUUCUCGCCGCUAUGCAGCGCCUUUCUCUUCGAAGGUCCGCGCAGGAUCGCAUGAUUGAGAUGGGCAUGGUCGAAUGGGCGAUCGGCGUGCUAUCCUCCCAGGAAGAGGGUGCUUCUCGCGCUCCCUCCGAGUUCUCUCUGGAAUUUGGUUCAGCCAUGCUGAUGAACCUGGCCCUUCGCUCGACCGGGAAGCGCAAGUGCCUGGAGCAAGAUGUUCUGCCGAUGGCAAUGAAGCUCAUGGAGCAUUGGAAUCCGCAGAUCAGGACCCACAUCAAUGGGACGCUGUACUCGCUGCUGUCACUUCCGGAAUUCCGCCAGUCCGCUCGCCGUGAGGGAUUGGAGCUAGCGCUUCGAUCAAUUCAUCGCCAGGCAAGCAGCCUCGGCGAUGAGAUCGCGGUCCGGCAGAUCCUUGGUACGAACACCGUGACAACAGCAUGCCUCGUUCCUCCAGCCUCACGACGGGUUGCUAGAUACCAGCAUAAACCAAAAGAAGCAGCAUCACAGCCGCCACCAAAGCAAGAAAAGCAAGAAUAA